UACAGAAUGAAAGUAUUUCACAAAUGUUAUGGAAUAUAUACACUUUGAAAAGGUUUGUACCGAAUGUUUAAUAUCUGUAGUUUUUAAUAUAAUGUUGAUUUAUUAGUGUUAUUUUUAAUAAAUUUGAAAUUUUUCUCUUAGCAAGAAGGUUCUCUAUGUGCCCAGCAUUGUCUGAACUCUCUGCUGCAAGGUUUGGAUAGAAACUUAAAUAGAUUACCAGAAUUUUAGUUACAUAAGCUUGUGUUUCACCCGUUUAUAAUUGUCAAAGCUUUUGUUGUAAAUGUAGACAAAAUAAUAAAAAACAUUUUGUCUAACUUGAAGUGUCUAACUUGAAGUACUAUGUUUAAAGCACCCUAAGUUGACAAGUUUGAACUUGCCCCUGAUGUAAAAUGUCACUGCCAUAUGUAACAAAACUUUCUGCUGUGAAUUGGAACUUAUGAAAUUGGAACCCUAAUCCUUCAUCACUUGCCAUUUGGUUUUGCAAAAUACCAUAAGCCCCCAUACAAUGUCAAUGGUAAAAUUUAAGUAACAAGAAUAAUAUAUUGGGCAUCUAAAUUCUCAAUACAAUAUCUAUUUCCUGUUCUAUUGACUUAAAAAAUUUCAGUCACAGCAUUAACUACACACAAGAGCUCUUGGCUGAGCUAACCCAGGCCAUGAGAGGCCAUAUAGCUUAGCAAGGUUCCACUAACCUGUAAUGUAACGAGGAUUCCUUCCUUUCCCCUCUUUCACUAUAGGUCCAUAUUUUACGCCGGUUGAUUUGGCACAACAUGCACGUGAGCUUGACGAGGCUGAAAGACAAACCAUGGCAGAGGGGGAUAUCAAUUCUGAUGAUUAUGUUAAGUUUAUGAAUGUAUGUCCUAAAUCUUUAUUUAGGUCUGUCUUUAUUUAUACCCGGUACUGGAUAGCUCAAUCAGUUCUAAACUGUUCUCCCUAGAGGUCCAGUAAUUAAGAGUCGUCUCUUAUUGAUCCAGUGUUACGUCAAGAAGAAACCUGAACUAAACUAACUUAUUUAUACUAGAUAUAGCUCUAUUAGUUCUAAACUGUUCUAUCUAGAGGUCUGGUAAGAGUCAUCUCUUAUUGAUCUGGACAGUGUUCUGGAAUAUCUAGAGAAAAUCUGCAAUGUUUGCUCAAACUGGAAACACUCUCCACAUGCAAUGGAGGCAAAAAUCCUCAGUUGCACAGGUGUAAGGUGGGGGGGGGGUGAAUAGGUUUUCAGAUCGUCGGAUUUCACAGAAAAAAUUGUCCGGAUUUCGGAUCUGGCGAAUGUUUUACACAGAUUUCAGAUCUUAUUAAUACAGCAGAUUGCGGAUUUAUCUAAUAUUUUGGCGCGGAUCGCGGAUUUUGCUUCAAAUCAGUGGAUUUGUAUACCCCUAUUCACCCCCGCCCUGUAAGGCACCACAUUUCACAAAAUUCAUUGAAUUAUACAUUUUGCAGCAACCAUCGUCAAAUAUGGAUGAUAGUGGCUUCUUUUCAAUCCAGGUACUGUUAGUGGUGGUAUAUCUUUAAAUCUGAAAAUCAUUGUCAUGGAAUAAUAAAAAUUACAGUUGUUCACAUCUUCUAAAAUUAGCCUGCAAAGCAGAACCAAGCCCGCGAGUGCCUGCUUUGCAGGCCUCCAAAGUAUUUAUUCUCUGGAAAUAUAAUAUUUUUUAUAAAUUUAGUGUUUACUGAUAUAGGUAAUCUGUAGAGCAUUGGAAGUCUGGAAUCUCACUGCUAUUCCCUAUUCAAGUCCAAACGUCGAAAGCGCAAGACAAAACCCAGCGUAAGAUAUGUUAAAACUACAAGUGUAAUGCAAUAAUCUUUUCAAUAAUCUUUGUAAUAACUGUAACACAAUGUCAUCAACUGUAACACAAUGUUAUCAAGAUUUUGAGCCGAAUUUGUACAGGAAUUGCCUCGCAUUCAUUGUCAACUUUAAUAAUAAUAAUAGUAACACGAAAUAGCGCUAAUUGUACGCACGUAACGCAAGGACACGCUUUUCUUUCCCGCGAGUGCACGCAUUUACAGCGCAACUGAACAUACAUGCGCACAUGGUGUACAAUACAGCACCAGGUACACUACAAACAACACCCCUGCAACACCAACUGCAUGCAUCUGCAACAGAAGUAACAGAAAGUACAAACACAUCUACCGCAAAAUAUACGCAUUUAUACCACUAAAGCCCGGCUUACACUACGCUCAAUUUUUGGUACGGCGCGGAUAAAAUUGGUACCCGUACCACUUUUUUGGUUCUUGGACGGUAUAUUUAGACAGUCCAAAAACCAAAAAAGUGGUACGGUACCAAAAAUUGAGCGUAGUGUAAAUGGGACUUAACUACUGAACACAUAUAGACGCAUGCAAAGUUCAAACGGCUCGAGUAUUACGACUAUUGUACUGUAAACUGCACACAUCUACCUAAACGCGACUAUAUCUCAGGACCCGAGUAUGUGGUAGAAAUCAGGACCCGAGUAUGUGGUAGAAAUCGCAGCAGAAAUUGCAAGUGUAAACGGGCUUACCAUAAACUGCGGCGGACAAGCGAGACUAUACAGUGCAGCGCAGACGGCUAGGUCACCGCAGAAAGCUCCAAGUCUGCCGUAUCACUGAACAGUAACGCUUACUUUACAUUCAUAUAUUCUACAUUUUUAUUAGCGGUGAAAAAGCGUUCAUUUGUAAUUUACAACAACAUUGGUUUACCAUUCGAAAGUUGGGACGACAGGUAUCUACGAUAUCUUCUAAUUGCAACUUCGUUAAUUUGUUCUCUAAUUGAUACAUUUUCCAUCUGUUGUGUAGUGGUUCAAUCUAAAUUCGACUGCAUCUGGUCCUGAACUAAUAUCAGAAACAUAUCUUUCUCUCUUUUUAACACAACUACAGAAUGAAGGUAUUCAUUCUAUUUUAGCUCCAUUUAUAUUGGACGGGACGGACUUAGGCAAAGAAGAGAUAGUUCGUCUAAUAAUUUGUCUGUGUACUUCCUACCCCCUACAGGUUAUUCAAUCUUCGUUGUUCGAGGUGUGUUUCCAGAUUGUGAAUCUGAUAAAGUUUUAACUUUACUUCCUGUUGACCCCACCAAAGUCAAGUCAACGUCAACAAGAGGAAAGUCGAAAAAUGUAGCAAAAAAUAACGACACAAAAACUCCUGAACCAAAACAAGGUAUAAAAUGCUUCACAAUAUUUGCUUCAGUGGCAGUGCACACGAGACAUGAAGUCGAGGUUCACAAUGAUUUCCCUCGAUUUCUGCUUAAAACAUUCUAUUUCAACACACCCUUCGGUUCAGUCUUGGCCAUACAGCCUCGUUUUCGCCGUUGAGUUCAUAGAGUUGCGAUAUAGAUAAUCUAAAAAAACUCUUAUAUAAUUAGUUCAUCAGUAACAAAACAAAAGGCUCCAACGCUGAGAUCUCAAACAUGAAAACGAGGCUCCAUAGCCACGGCUAAGUACUUUCUGGAAGGGUGUAUUGUAUUUGUGGCUAAAAUUCGUCUUCAUUUUUAGUCGAUGUAGACGAAGUGAGGAGAAAAAGGGAACAGUUUUACUCGGCAAGGUUGGUUUCUUGCGUUCUUUGGUAGGAAGGUAGAACAAUAACUACUUGCAGCUGAAGAGAGUGUUUACCAUACUUUGUUAUAGAUUUAACAAUGAUUCAGGAACAUCAUCAUCUCAAACAAGUCAAACGAUCACUUCUCCUUCUCAAGGUAAAGAAUAUACUCAUCUCAUGUUUAGACAAUUUAACCACAGCAGUGUGAGUUCACAACACCUUGAGACGUACGGAAUCCGUCAAAGGUUCUGUGAUCACAGUAGGAAUUUUGCAUUGGUAUAAUCGAAGUUUUGAAGGAUUUGUAAGAAAUGUUUGAGGGAACUGACUUACGCCCGUAUUCUAAAAGCUCACUCACACUCAAUGAGUGGAGGUUCAAUCUGAGCUUCUCUUGAGUGUCAAUGCUGUUUUUGAAUAGCUGGAGGGUGAGUAGUCACAUAGUAAGGUACGACACUAAACCUCCACCUAUUCAAAAACAGCACUGACACUCAAGGGAAGCUCAGACUGAACCUCCACUCAAUGAGUGUGAGUGAGCUUUUAGAAUACGGGCAUUAGUGUUUAAAAAGUUUAACAGUUCUCUCAGACAUUUCUUAGUACAAGUCCUUCAAAGCUUAGAGUUUACCCAAGCAAAAUUCUUACUGUGCUCACAGAAACUCUGACAGUGUAAACCAGCCUUGCGGAAAGUGCUGGAAUACAACAGUAUCGUGAUUCUAUUUUUUUAAUUUACAUUCAGAACACUGAGGUUACCUCAAACCUUCACCCAAUAUGGUGAGGUAUUCUGACCAGGUGUGGUAUGUUCGUCUCAAUUUAUAACUCAGGUCUAUUGUUUUCAUUUCACAGAAGAAACAGAAGAAGAGAUGCUUCAAAGAGCUCUGGCACUUUCCCUAACUCAGGGCUGAUGAAGGUCUCAUAACAGCGCACAAGAGAGAACACGGGAUUCCUGUAGUGGCCACAAUAGAACGCAGGAAUUACGGCUGGUUGAUGGACACAGUAGGAAACAAACAAAACAUUGAUCUGACUGCAGUUGGAUGGGAAUUAUUCAAAAAUUGGUAAAAAUCUAAGAAGUAUCAAUUAACUUCACGAUAAAAUGAACGUGUAAAGAAAAACAUUAUUACAUUAUCAAAUAUUUGACAAAUAAAGAAGUCUGAAGUGUAGAUUUCAAAAACGUUUACAGCAGUAGAAAGAAAUACAUGUACAUUGUAUUAUGGAAGACCUGUACUUUUAAGGAAGUUCAAGUAUCAGAUUAAAAGUUUGAUUGGUCUAUACGCACUAUUUACUGUAAUCCAUGUGUGCAAAAAUGAGUUCGCUAACAUACUAAUCAUGGAUAUACAUAGUCGUAAAAAAGAUCUUUUUGAGUUUCGAGUUCAGUACAUGUCCACUUCUCUGUCACACUGGUCUACGUCUAUUGAGAUAAAUUAAAAAUGACUAUAGUGCCAGGUGCAUAUCUCAUACAUUUUCUGAGGCUUGGCUUACUUUUUCGUACUAUUUCCCUCGCCAGACUUUUAUUUUGUCUAUGCAUGCUUCACUGACAGACAUCAACCAGUCCCAUAACGAGACUAAUCACAUUUUUAGCCAGAAAAAUAGCAGAAUCAAAAUCGUAGUGGAACCACAACACUAGGCGAAUAACCAGGAAAGCCACAUUUAAAAUAAUUUGAAAAACAAGAGUACACGCCGCUUUUUUCUUACGCAGCGUCGGUUCGGCAUCAUCUUCAUCUUCGUCAAAUUUGACUUGGUGCACUUCGAGAAAAGAAAGCAAAAAGAACAAUAAUGCGGCGACUAAAACUGCAAUCUCCCAUCCCAUGGGUAUUUUGUCACAAAUGUCUUCAUGCAGGACUUCUAUCAUUUCAAUGCCAUCAAAAAGAUCCAUAACUAUCAUGAGAUAGAGUUGUCUCAGUGUCUCAGUUUUAUCCGUCACGGAGGUUAAUAAUAGCAACAUUAGUCCUGGGGUGAAACAUAGUGUUAUCUUCAGGAAUUUUGAGUCGAAGAAAGAAUGGUCGGUUGUUGCGUUAACAUUACGUGUGCAUAAACAUGUGGCUAUUUCUUGUUCUCGUAGCUUAUUGUCUUCGAUCACUGCCCGUCCAAAUAUCACACCAAUCAUGAUCACAAGCACACAGGAAUAAAGGAACCAUACAGUACUCAAAUAUUGUUUCAGUGGCAGUUCGUCACUACACAAAGUUACAAUCCAAAAGCCUACUGGUAUGAGAAGCAUCGCUACUAAGCCAUAGAAACCAAGAUUAUCUUCAUGAUCAGCUACAAACUUCGACAACAGGACAUGUUGGGCAACGAGGAAUGCAAAGAAGAAAAAUCGGCUUACUAUAUAAAGCCCCAUUCUGUGAUUCGUAGAGUCGCGUUAUUAAAGAAAUACUGUGUGCGUACGAUACACGUUUA